AUGGCGUAUAUUGGCCCACACGACCUCAGACAUGUUCUUCUGACAUAUGCUUGUGUCAAAGCGGGCUACUCGGCUCUCUUCUUAUCGCCAAAAAAUAAUGCAGACGCAAUUCUUGCGGUUCUUGAUAAUUUGAACUGCGAUAUUUGGGUCAAUGCAAUUGAUGCUUCACCAAUCACCGUCGUUAAGGAUGUUCUCCAGAGGCGGCCUAUGAAAUGUCUGCAGCUUCCUACGCUCGACGAGCUUCUUGAUGCCGAGUCUACUGAAACUUUUCCGUACACGAAGACUUUUGAAGAAGCCAUUGACGACCCAUUCUGUUAUUUGCAUACUUCUGGAACUACAGGAUUGCCCAAGCCCAUUCCUUGGUCUCAUGGGCUCAUUGGGACUAUGGAUGCAGUCCGACUCCUACCAUCGGUGGGGGAAACUGCUGAUUUAACUCCUUGGACUUCAGACUGGAAUAAAGGAGACAAGAUAUAUUCGUCUUUUCCUAUCAGUCAUGGCGCUGGAAUCAUUAUGGACAUUUUGAUGCCUGCACUUUUCAACCUCCACUGCGUUUUGGGGCCAGUUGGUGUACUACCAAACCUGAACCUAGUUGAAAGGCUAGCCGUUGAUGUCAAGAUCGAUAUCUGGAGCAUGGUUCCUUCACUCGUCGAUGAACUGGGUGAGACUCCGGAUAUAUCGGAACAACUACGUCCGAGCAAAUUUAUUUGCGCAUCGGGAGGCCCGGUCAGUCCCAUUAGCGCUGGGAAGGUUAACCAGGUUGUACGAGUUCUCAACUUGACCGGUACCACCGAAGGCCUCUUCAUUGGGAAUUUAAAGCCCGAUAGAGAAGAUUGGUUUUGGUUCUGUUUCCAUCCUUACUCUGGCUUUGAGUUCAAAGAGCUUGAAACAGAUGUUUAUGAGCACUGGGUACAUCGCAACGAGCAUUGGCCACUUUUCCAAGGGAUCUUCUACACCUUUCCAGAUCAAGACUCGAUUAAUUUCAAAGAUCUUUACAUGCGACAUCCUACCAAGCCAAAUCUAUGGGUCUUCAGGGGAAGAAGCGACGAUCUUGUGGUUUUGUCGAAUGGAUACAAGAUCUCGCCUCUUGAAACAGAGGCAUUUAUAACCACUCAUCCAGAAAUCAGCGGCUGUUUGAUUUUUGGAACUGGAAAGCCACAAGCUGGCCUUCUCAUUGAGUUAAUUGAUUCUUGUCAAAAGACACCCGAGUUACUCGACAGCAUUUGGGCCAAGGUUCAGACAGCCAAUGCACUGUCUCAGCACAAGAACCAACUGCUCAAGAGUUUCGUCAUUUUCGCACUACCUGAAAUGCCUUUUUUACGAACGGAUAAGAGAACGAUCAAACGAGCAGCUUCAUUGGCGCUCUACUCCGAAUACAUUGAGCGAUUCUAUGGCUCACGCAACGAUGAUAUCGAUCAAUCUGUGAGACUUGACCUGAGCUCGCCUGAGGCAACUGAGGGUUCCAUACGAGAGAUUCUUACCAGCUCUCUUCCGGAUGUUCAAAGCGUGUUUUCAGACACAGAUCUGUUUGCUGCGGAACUUGAUUCACUCGGCGUCUUCGCAGCUGUCAAAACAAUCCGGGCAGCAACAGGCCUGGGAGAUAAGAUAUCACCUCGCCACGUGUACGCCAAUCCGACUAUUAAGGAUCUUGCUACCACAGUUUCUACACUGAUUGAGGAAUCAAAGAGUGCAGAAUCUGGGAUCAUGAACGAAAUUGAUCAUGCUGAAGAUGCCUCUCGCAUGAUCGAUAUGAUUGCUGAGCAUAAAGCACGACAGUCCUUCCGCCUGAACGCAUUUGAUUACGUGAACCCAAACCACGGCAUGGGCAUCAUGCUCUACUUUUCGAUCCACGACGAAAUCUCGAACGAACAAGUAUUUUCCAAUCUUCAAGAAGGACUCAAUCGCACAUUUGACAUGAUACCUGCUCUCAGUGGCAAAAUGAUGGAUUGUUCCGAGCAGGAGAUUGGAUAUCAAAGAGGAGACCUUUGUGUGACAAUUCCGCCUCUUUCAAUGGCAAACACUGCUAAGAACCGACUAAUCUAUAAGGACCUCUCAGACGUUCUCCCAUCAUUUGAGCGAUUGAAAGAUGCCGGCUUCCCGCCUUCUGCUGUCCCCGAUGAUGUCGUCCUGCGAGAUGAUCCGUUUCCCAAGUUCCCCGCCGACAUUUUCUCAGGCCAAGUAAACUUCAUUUCGGGGGGCUGUAUUAUUGCAGUAGACUUGAAUCACUGUUGUCUUGAUGGUCUUGGAGCCAUGGUUGUUCUCAAGGCCUGGGCUGAAAAUUGUAGAUAUCUCCAGGGCGACCAAGCAGCGACUUGUGAGUGGUAUCAUCCGGAGAGCUUUAACCACGCUCUGCCAGAAAUUAUCCACGAAAAGGAAGGCUGGGCUCGCCCAGUAGAUGAUAUUGACCCCGGCACAUGGGGGUACUUGCCUUUUUUCCCACGUGAUGAGGAUCAAAAAAGGAUGCUUCAAGCUUCUUCCAAUAAUCCUGGAAAUUGGAAUUUGCCCCCUGCACCAGACUUCAAGUUACACAAUAUUUGGCCGCUACCGCGAGCUGAACGGCGCCCUAAAACUACCAUGUUCUUUAUAAAACCCCAAAGCUUGGCGAAAAUGAAGCAAGAGGUGUUGUCUGAUCCCGCGGCGAAGGGAGUUAUCACUUCGAUCAGUGAUAUUGUACAGGCCUUCCUAUGGCGCUCUGCGAUUCGGAUGCGACGAAAAAUUGCCACCAAGAUAAGGAAGCAGACGUUCAAGCCUAAUGAAAUUUCGAUACUUGAGCUGCCUACCGACGGCCGUCCUUACUUCUCUCAACUCUUGCCCGAUACUUACAUGGGUAGUCUGCUCAUUCUCAAUCGAACGACAAUGCCCAUCGAGACACUGUGCUCGGAUCAAACCACCAUUGGCCGUGUCGCACACGUCCUUCGCGAGUCUGCCGCACGUAUCACACCCUCGGUCGUUCAUGAUGCCUUUUCGCUUCUUCAAUCCUUGCCAAAUCACGAAAGAUUUUCGACUGCAAACAUGGGCCUUGAGCAUAUGAAUGCUAUGAUUUCAAAUAUGAUGCUUUUCCCCACCAAUGAGGUUUGCUUUGGCAAUACCUUCUUUUUAAAUGGGGGAUCUCCCGAGUCUUUGAGACCACAGCUUGAGCGUGGAAAUGGACGUUUCCAAUUCCUGGUCAUUCUUCCCAUACGAAAGGACGGGGGAGUUGAGCUUGUCUUUGGUACACACCCCGAGGAACUGGAGAUGCUCCAGGCUGAUAAAGACUUUACAAAGUAUGCUGAGCUUCUUAGCGCGGAUUGA